AUGCCUAAAGGAUUUUCUGUGGAUGUCUCCAAAGCUGCUGGUCAUGUUUAUCCUGCAGAAACAGUAGCCUGUACGAGACGUGAUUUUUUAUUAUACGCAUUAUCUGUCGGUGUUCCUGAAUCGGAUCUUCAAUGGUUAUACGAAUUGGAUAUUGAUUUUGGCCCAUUACCCACUUACCCUCUUUGUCUACUUCUAAAAUCCGAUGAUUGGGAUGUGAAUUCCUUUAUGGAAAGAUGGACAGCCGGUGGUCCUUUACCGGGUAUGCCAGAUUUUGAUUUUAAUAAAAUCGUGCAUGGUGAACAAUCCUUUCAGACCAUUCAUCCUUUCCCUGUUGAAGGGGGACGCUUUAAAUCCGUCAAGACAUGUCUUGGUGUCUACGAUAAAGGGUCUGGGAUGGUCAUUGAUACUGCAGUGGAUCUUUAUGGUGAAGAAGACAAUGUGCAUUAUUGUCGUAUGGGGGCCAAAAUGUUUGUCAGAGGUUAUGGUGGUUGGAACGGUCCUAAAGGUCCGGCUUCAAUUACUUAUUCUCCUCCUGCUCAUCAACAACCUGAUGCCAUAGACACUUUUGUCACGCAACCAAAUCAAGCCCUUUUAUACCGUUUAUCAGGAGAUUUUAAUCCUUUGCAUGCGGAUGUGGCUUUAGCUCCUACAGUUGGGUUCCCUCGACCUAUUUUACACGGAUUAUGUUCCUAUGGUAAAUGUGCUCAUGCUGUACUCAAACACUUUGGCAAUAAUGAUCGACUCUUGUUUAAAUCCAUUGAAGCACGAUUUGCACAACCCGUUUUUCCUGGUGAGACUGUACAAGUGUCCAUGUGGAAAGUACCCAGUCAAGAUCCUAAACUGGAUGCUGUGGUCUUUCAAGCUCAUGUGAAGGAACGAAAUGUACUUGUCCUUACAAAUGGUUAUGUUACGUUGUAUAAACCCGAAGCCAACCAAGCCAAAUUAUAA